AUGGUUAGAGCUUACAAAAGAGGAGGCGCUGCAAUUACCUGUAAAAAUGAACUGGAGACAAUAAACGAGGAGGAUCUUAUAGUAGUUUCAUCUCAGCUACGGCUGGCAAUGAUUUCAGGCUCAUGUCACGGAAUGGACUGGAGCAAGAGGCCUGGAUCAUUGGAGAUUCCCAGGGUCAUUGAUGAUUUCAGUGAUCAAGAGGUUACUGACUCCAAGAAAUUUAUGAAUCCAAAUGAGCAUGUUUUGGUGGAACUGUUUCUAUUGGCAAUUUUAUUGAUGUGUAUAGUGGCGCCGUACCUUGCUGUUUCUCUGAACCAGGAUCAAAUGGUCGAUCGGAACAGUGUUGAUUAA